CCGGCUCCCUCCCGGUCCCCGCCUCGGCCCCGGGCUCCCUAGCGGCUCGGGGCGCCCUUUCGGUCGGCGGCUUCGUCGCUCCCGCCGCAGCUCAGCCCCUGGGGGAGCAAGCUCGCCGUGCGCUGCAGGGAGCCGGCCGGGACGCGCGAUGGGGGCCCCCUGCGCCCUGCCCCUGCUCCUGCUCCUCGCCAGCCGUUGGGCGCCCGGAGGGGCCACCCUCUCCCAGGACGACAGCCAGCCCUGGACCUCUGACGAGACAGUGGUGGCCGGCGGUACGGUGGUGCUCAAGUGCCAAGUGAGAGAACACGACGACUCGUCCCUGCAGUGGUCCAACCCCGCCCAGCAGACGCUCUACUUUGGAGAGAAGAGAGCCCUUCGAGACAACCGGAUCCAGCUGGUCAGGUCCACGCACCACGAGCUCAGCAUCAGCAUCAGCAACGUGGCCCUGGCGGAUGAGGGCGAGUACACAUGCUCCAUCUUCACCAUGCCUGUCAGGACCGCCAAGUCCCUGGUCACCGUGCUGGGAAUCCCACAGAAGCCCAUAAUCACAGGCUACAAGUCAUCGUUGAGAGAACAGGAGACAGUCACUUUAAACUGUCAGUCUUCCGGGAGCAAACCUGCAGCCAAGCUCACUUGGAAGAAGGGCGACCAAGUACUGCAGGGAGAACCAACCCGAAUACAGGAAGACCCCAAUGGUAAGACCUUCACCGUGAGCAGCUCCGUGACAUUCCAGGUUUCCCGGGAAGAUGACGGAGUGGACAUCGUGUGCGCUGUGAACCACGAGUCUCUAAAGGGAGCCGACAGAUCCACCUCUCAGCGCAUCGAAGUGUUGUACACACCGACAGCAGUGAUUAGACCAGAGCCACUACACCCCCGAGAGGGCCAGAGGCUGUUGCUGCACUGUGAAAGCCGUGGCAACCCUACCCCCCAGCAGUUUCUGUGGGAAAAGGAGGGCAGCGUGCCGCCCCUGAAGAUGACCCAGGACAGGGCCCUGAUCUUCCCCUUCCUCAACAAGAGCGACAGCGGCGUCUAUGGCUGCACGGCCACCAGCAACAUGGGCAGCUACAAGGCCUACUACAACCUCAACGUGAACGACCCCAGCCCGCUGCCCUCGUCGUCCCCCAGCACCUACCACGCCAUCAUUGGUGGGAUUGUGGCUUUCAUCGUCUUCCUGCUGCUCAUCCUGCUUAUCUUCCUCGGACACUAUUUGAUUCGGCACAAAGGAACCUACCUGACCCACGAGGCAAAAGGCUCCGACGACGCCCCAGAUGCUGACACGGCCAUCAUCAACGCCGAGGGCGGGCAGUCGGGUGGUGACGACAAGAAGGAGUAUUUCAUCUAGGGCGCCCUCACCUUCUGCGCCCCCAGGGCCCCACGGGGACUGCUGGGCACUACCAACCGGACUUGUACAGAGCGACCCCAGGGCCGCCCUCCCGCUUGCUCCCCGGCCCCCACCCCUGUACAGAAUGUCUGCUUCGGGUGCGUUUUGUACUCGGUUUGGAAUGGGGAGGGAGGAGGGCGGGGGGAGGGUUGCCCUCAGCCCUUUCCAUGGCUUCUCUGCGUUUGGGUUAUUAUUAUUUUUGUAACAAUCCCAAAUCAAAUCUGUCUCCAGGCUGGAGGGGCAGGGGCCCUGGGUAAGAAAAGCAGAAUCCUGGACUGUGAGGAGAAGAGGUGAGGGUCACGACAGGGCAGGCGCGGGUGGUCUGGCCGGGGUCUCACCAGCGCCCAGUCCUCAACAACGGAGCGCCUUCCCACCCCCCAGGAACAGGACAGUGUGACAGGAGCCAGAGGUGGGACUUCCUCGUAGUCACGCCUCUCUAGCUGUGGAUUGUGGACUGGGGUGCCGUCCUCACACCCCUCUCCCUCCCGUCCCUCCCUGCAAUGGGCAGGGGGUGGAAGGGGUCCCCAGCAUUGACCACAGAUGGCACGCAGCCACGCAGGGACCCAGGCUGCAGCACAGGGAGGACCCCGGCCUGCAAGACGGGUGCAUUUGGCGAGGAGGAUGGCGGAGGGGACCCUGCCCCGCUCCCAAUGAUCGGAGCCCAGGCGCCUUGCACAGAGCCACCCUUGGAGGGGAGCGGGCGAGGUGCCCUCCUCUCUCCAGCCGUGGUGGGAGAGGCGCUGUUGCUGGGGGUAGGAGAGGCCCUGUUGCUGGGAGUCCCGACUGCGUCCUCUUCCCCCAAGGGCCCCACCCCAUCCAGGCCCUGGACUGAUGCACCGAGCCCCGCCUGUCACGGCUCCUCUCCCCCACUUUGAGCUGCGCCCUCCUGUGUCCCCCAGGCUCCCAACCCCAGCAGCAGCCAGGCAGAUAUAACAACAAAAAUACUAAAGGCGCUUCACUGCUCUGAGCUGUUUCCUGCCCCAACUAAGGGAUAAUGUGAAUCUGUGGGUGUGUCCGUGAGUGUGCACGUGUGUGUGUCGUGCACAUGUGGAUGUGUGUGUACGUGUGGAUGUGUGUUCCUGUGUGUGAGAGGGAGAGGCAGAGGGUCCUAGGCUGGUGGGCGGGCUGCGGGGCAUGAAAAGGAGGCUCGGGGCGCGGAGGGCCUGUCGGCUCUGUGCCCACCUGGGACGUGGCUCCCUGCUGGCGCCGCCCGUGCCAGCCCGGGGGCCCCUCUGUCGUGAGGAGCCGGCCUGGCACGUUUUCGCAGCAGUGUCCAUCCCACCUCUCCCGAAACCAGAGCCCUCGGCCCCGCCCCGAUUUCCCUUCCCAGAGCGGCGGAGUCAGUGCCGAAGCCCCUGCUCUGCACCCCUCAGGCCUCUCCCUGGCGCUGACUCGGGAACGACGCCCUUUUUUUUCCAUAGUCUGAGCCCGGUGUGUCAAGGGCUGGAAUGAUCUACCACCCGGCACCCCUCCGAUCUCCACCCUGCUUUCCAUUUUGUCUUCCUUGGCGGGAGCCGGUUGGCCUGGAGAUGAGGCAGCCCUCUUCCCCUCCCACACCCCUCUCCCCGCCCCUCCCCCGUCCCCCCCACACCCUCCUGCUCUGACAACUCAGGGGGUGCAGAUGGGGGGCUGCCUCCCUCGGCAGCUCUGCUCACCUUCAGUUCAGGUACUGCCCUGUGACUCUUCCAGCCGCUGGUUAGGCCCCAGGCACCCAGGAGCCCCCACCUGAGCCAGGGCCCUCCUCUUACAGCAGCAGGGAACCUCAGGCCCCGGGCCUGUUGGGCUCCCUCUCUCCCAGCACACGCUUUUGGGAAAAGACUUCCUCUUUGAGCUGAACCACUCUGUCCACAUUACACAGAAGCCAUAUUUGUACGGGGGCGGGGGGCGGGCCUGUGCUGUGCGAGUCUGUCUGUGGGGGGGGCGGGAACAGGGAAGGGGUCGUGUAUCUUUAUAAUCUUUCUAACUCCUGUGCUAAUCUCCGAGGGGCCACCCUCAAUAUAUCUGAUUACCCGU